UCUGUCGAUGUGUUUUUUCUUGGAAGGAACAAGGAAAGCCCAAAACCUAACGAAUCCCCCCUCCCUCUCUCAUGAGUGAUUUGAACAAGAUGCAGUGAUGCGAGUGUGAUACGCUGAAAUUGAAGAGACAGGAAGAGAUUAAAUGACGAAGACGAAGGUAUUCCGGGGAGCAAACGUCUUCAUGUCGCGGAACCUGGUGGCGCCGGAUAUAUUCGAUGCUCUUCUCGAUGCACUCAAGCUCAACGGAGCCGAAAUCUUUCUCUGUUGCGACCCUUCGCGCAAUGGCCCCAAUGACUUCCACAUAAUCUCCUCUAUCGAUCACGAGAAAUUUGAUGAUCUCAGGGCCAAGGGCUGUAAUUUGCUAGGUCCUCAGUCUGUGCUUUCCUGUGCAAAAGAAAAUAAAGCUUUGCCUAAACAAGGGUUCAUUUGUUGCCUUGCAAUGGAUGGCUUAAAAGUACUUGCAUCUGGGUUUGAGAUGGAUGAAAAGGUUAAGAUCGGAAAGUUGGUUACGGCCAUGGGAGGAGUGCUGCACACUAAAGCAUCUUCAGAUGUUAGCUUUGUCAUUGUUAAGAAUGUUUUAGCUGCCAAGUACAAGUGGGCUUUGAACAUUCUGAAGAAGCCAAUUGUUACCAUUAAUUGGUUAUAUCAAUGCUGGAAUGAGCACCGCAUUGUUCCUCAGGAAGCACACAGGGUUCUUCCUUUCUCUGGAUUGACCAUUUGCGUUACCCGGAUUCCAGCAGAUGAAAGGAAGGAGAUUCAAAAGCUCAUUGUACAGAAUGGUGGGAAGUAUUCUGCUGAGUUGACCAAGAACUGUACACAUUUGAUUUCUGAUAGUGCAGAAGGUGACAAAUACAAAGUUGCUCGAAAAUGGGGCCAUAUUCAUAUUGUUACAAGGAAAUGGUUCGAUCAAUCCAUUGCUAGAAGAGCAUGUCUUAAUGAGGAGUCAUAUCCUGUCCAGGGUGGUCUUGUAAGUUCAAAUAAGGGCAUGAAAACUUGCUUGACAGGCCAGCAUGUCCAAGACAAGGUUAUUGGCAAUUCAGUACCUAAGCCUUCUGCAAUUGCUGCAGAAUCAUCUGUUCCUUGUUCUGGAUUUGGGGACUUGGAUGUCGAAGCUACUCUUUCACAAAAUAUGUCUUCAAUGUUUUCGGAUUCUUCUGCCUUUGUCAAAGAAGGGGAUGGAGAAGUCACAGCCUGCACUGGUGAAACAAAUGUUGAUGCUGACGUGGCCAAUGAUUCGCAGUCUGAAGACAAUGAUUUGUACCUGUCAGAGUGCAGAAUAUUACUUAUAGGAUUUGAAGCUUCUGAAAUGCGUAAAUUAGUUAAUCUGGUGCGUAAAGGUGGGGGAUCCCGAUAUAUGUCUUUCAAUGACAAACUAACACAUAUAAUAGUUGGAGCUCCAUCAGACAUCGAGAAAAAGGAGGCAAGGAGUCUUGCAGCUUCGGGUGUCAUUCAGGUGGUUAGAACCAAUUGGCUUGAAGAUUGUGACCACGAAAGGAAAGAAGUUCCCAUAUGUCGGAGGCACAUUGCCUAUGACUUGCUUCUUCCUAAAGAUUCUCUACACUCAUCUAGAGGAGCAGUUAAUUGCAUGGUUAGUGUGAAUCAAGGUAAAAGUUCUGUUGUUCUCCAGCCCAUGCCACUACCGCCUGAUCCAGUCAUGACCAGUGGUAUUCCUGCAACUAAAUUGUCAUCAUCAUUUGAGAAAAAUACAGAAGAAAAAGCAGAACUCAAGAUGAAUGGUUGCUGCUCUGUAGAAGUAAUGGUGGAACCAUCCAACCAAAGGAAGAAACUAAUGUCUCUUGUAAAUGAUAAAAUCAAGGAUCGAAACAAAUUGCAGCAUGAUUCAUCUGUUCAGAGUCUUCAAUGUAGGAAUUCAACAGUAUUCAAGGGGAGAACAUUUUGCUUCUCAGAUUGUUUUCCUGAAGAUAGGAGAGCUGAAGUCUUGCAAUGGAUUAAUCAAGGAGGAGGAGAGGUGGUAAACAAAACUAUAAAUCCAAAUGUGCAUUUCACUAUUGAGUGCCAUGGUGGUGCGAUGCCCAGCUCUGCCUCAACAACUUAUGUUUCCAGCCACUGGGUUCGUUCUUGUCUAGAGGAUGGACAGUUGCUGGAUGUUGGUAGUCAUAUCCUCUAUUCUCCACUUUCCUGUCAGAUUCCUUUGCCUAGAUUUGAGAGCUUCCGAUUUUGCGUUUCACAAUAUGAAGAGAAGGAUAGAAUUCUAUUAAGAAACUUGUGCUUUGUUCUUGGAGCUAGAUUUGUGGAAAGACUGACCAGAAAAGUUACCCAUUUGUUGUGUAAAUAUACCAGUGGGCCAAAGUAUGAGGCUGCUUGUAAAUGGGGGAUAUGUUCAGUGACUUCAGAGUGGAUUUAUGAAUGUGUCAAGCAGAACCAAGUUGUUUCUAUGGAUCCGUUUUAUCCUAAAGAAGUGACCACUCAAGACCGAGAAGCAGGACUUUACACUGCAAGCCAGUUUCCUUCCCAGGCUCUUAAGAUAAUAUCUGAGGAAAAUUCAUCUCAGUUUAUCGGUCCAGCUGAAUCCCUGAGGGUUACAUUGUCCAAGACACUAGGUAGUAACAAUGGUAGCCUCAUGGGUAGUCUUGGAGAGGACACCAGACAAUCAAAUGCUCACUGUAAGAAAGCAAGGCUUCUGGAUGAUGAUCGCCAUAGGGAAAUUAUUUUCUCUGAAGUAAGUGCAAGUGAUGGCGUCUGCAAUGUGAGUUAUGGCAGUGAUAGCAUUCAGAAGGAUGCUGCUGAAGUUGCUAUUGUUGUGCCAGAUGUAGCAGCAGCUAUUGAGGACCUGCUGGAGCAGACAAGUAAGAUUCACGAUCAGAAAUCACUCGGGAGGAGUGGGUGUGAUAAAAGUCUCUUUUCAUCUGAUUGUAAUGGUGUUGCUCAAGACAAUAGGGAGUCUUGCUCUGUCAUUGGGUUGUCCAGACACUGGUUAAACAGGACGGUGAAGAAUGAUGAUCACAUCUCUAGUGCUUCCAAAGAUGUAAAUGUGGGUAUAUAUGGCGGUUUCAGUGAAACACAAACAGAUUCUCAGGUCGUUGGUUAUGAAGAGGAUUUAUCAGGCAGGCAAAUGCUUAUAGACAGAGUUCGAACACGGAGUAGCAUGACAUAAACGUUAGGGAAGUUCAAUUAGGACAAUCUUAUACAGUAAUUCGCCAAAUUGCCUGAAGGGGAGUGCGUUUGUCCAACUAGAAUAAUUUAAACAGAUCAUCUGAGAUGGGAAUUUGGUGAUGAACUUGGGGUUGCAUUCAGUUGAGAUUUAUUCUUAUAACCAAUCUCAGCAUUCAACUGAUCAUUGACAAGUUUUGAACGUAAACAGGUUCCUUGGAUCGCUUGUUACUGUAAACAUAAUUGUUAGAAGAGAAAUUGUUGUGCGGUUUGGAAGUAUGCGGUUGAGGUACCUUCUUAGCAGGCUGUUCAGUCUCAUGAUGUAUCAAGAUUACCUUGGAUUGGUCCACUUCCUGGGGACAUUGCUGAAGUUGAGGCAUAUUGUAGAAUUUUUAGACAGGCUGAACGACUUCAUGCUGCGCUGAUGGAAACACUGUGCA